AAGAAAGAUCAAAGUGGUUCAGUUGUUGUAUGCCUUUAGCUUUUUUAAUUCUUCUUCUCUUCUUCAGUUUCGGCGUGCUGAAGAAAACGCUCGAGUGAAAACCGUUAAAACUCUCAUGCCGGAUUUCCACUGCCGUUUCUCAGACGGCGGAAUCCUUCUUUCCGUUAACAACCGGCGGAGUUACGAUUCGCCGUCGCUGAUGCUUUGUAUUGGAGAAUGACAUUCGUAGAUCUCUGAUGAGAGACGGAGGAGACUUUUUCGAUUUUCUUUUUUUCUAUUUGAUUCGUGUUUUUGGGAUUUAGAUUUAAAAAGCUUUUUGUCGGAGAAAUCAGAUGAAGUCGUUACGGCGAAGCCACACUUCAACGUCGUCUUCGGCAAAUUCAUCUUCGACUUCGUUACCAUCUUCUUCAUCUUCAUCUACUACUUCAACUUCACCUCCUUCGGCUAAUUCUUCUUCGUGGAUCCAUCUCCGAUCGGUUCUAUUUGUGGCCAAUCCUUCGUCUCCAUCUUCCGUAACUUCUUCCGAUCGAAGCCGACGGAAAUCACCGUGGUCUCGCCGGAAAAGAAAACGGCCCUUGACGCCGCAUCAAUGGAGGAGUUUAUUUACACCGGAGGGCAAACUCCGUGAUGGCGGGGUUCGGUUUCUGAAGAGAGUUAGAAGCAGAGGUGUUGAUCCAAGUAUUCGUGCAGAAGUAUGGCUCUUCUUGCUAGGAUUCUAUGAUUUGAAUAGUACUAUUGAAGAAAGGGAAGCUGUUAAAACUCAAAAAAGGAAGGAGUAUGAGAAACUACAGAGACGGUGCAAGAUGCUUCUCAAGGGCAGCGACAAUCUCGAGGAAGAAGUUACUUCUGAGGAGGCAGACGAUCAGUGUGUUAGGUUUACGGAUGACUACAAGACUACCAAACAAAUAAUAAACCAAGACGUUGUCUCUGCUGUGAACACUGAUUCUUCUGAUACUGACUCUUGCGAAGACGAUGAAGAUGUUCACCUGCUUCCUUCUGAUGUAUACAGCGACGAGACAAAACAGCCUGAGGAAGAGAACAAUCACAACAACAGUCCCGAAGAUAGUACUUCUCCUCCUCCUUCAGUAGAUUCUGCUGAGAUCCAAGUAGAAGUCGCUGUACACGAAGACUUCUCAACAUGGCAACGUAUCAUCCGCCUCGAUGCCUUACGCGCUGAUUCAGACUGGGCUACUUACUCUCCAUCCUCGACCACGAUCACAGAAACCAAAGCUCGCGCUCUAGCUUCAUCCGUGGCUUUAAAAGACUACGACCACUUAGAAACCUGCAGGCUCCACCACGCCGCGCGUCUCGUCUCCAUCCUCGAAGCCUACGCUCUCUACGACCCCGAGAUAGGCUACUGCCAAGGGAUGAGCGACCUCUUGUCCCCCAUCCUCGCCGUCAUCUCCGAGGACCACGAGGCCUUCUGGUGCUUCGUCGGUUUCAUGAAGAAAGCUCGCCAUAACUUCAGGCUAGACGAAGCGGGGAUCCAGAGGCAGCUCCGGAUUAUAUCGAAGAUCAUCAAAUCCAAAGACUCCCAGCUCUACAAGCACUUGGAGAAUCUCCAGGCGGAGGAUUGUAGCUUUGUAUACAGGAUGGUGCUUGUGAUGUUCAGGAGGGAGUUGAGUUUCGAGCAGACGCUUUGUCUAUGGGAAGUGAUGUGGGCUGAUCAGGCUGCUAUCAGAGCUGGUGUUGGGAAGUCGCCGUGGAGUAGGAUAAGGCAGCACGCGCCUCCUACGGAUGAUCUGUUGCUGUAUGCGAUCGCGGCGUUGGUGCUGCGGAGGAAACUGAUCAUACAGAGGUACAGUAGUAUGGAUGAGAUUGUGGAGGAGUGUAAUAGCAUGGCGGGUCAGCUUGAUGUCUGGAAGCUUCUCGAUGAUGCGCAUCACCUUGUGGUGACGCUUCAUGAUAAGAUCGAAACUCUUUCUUCUCAGUCUCUCGGUGUUUGAUGAAUGUGAAGUGAAAGCCAGAAAAGAAGUGUUCUUGCACUCGUCUGGUUGCGGUUUGGUUCUUACCGUUUUACUCGUUCCUCAGGUUUUCUUUCUUUUUUUGUUUUCCUCAUCUCACACAGACAACAACACUAUACUAUCUUAUAUCUAUCACGUUUAUUAUAGUACUAAUGUAAAGAACAAGGCAUUACCCUGUUGAAGAAACAUUUAAGGGAUGUGUCCUGAAACUACUUUCUUUUUUUCUACAAUUCUAUGGAUCAUAUAGGUUCAACUGUAGCAGCAA